AUGUGGGAGCAGCUGUGGGCCCCCAUUUUGUGUUCCAAAAGACUAGGUCAAAUCAGGCCAGGAGGUCAGCAACUGAGGUCAAGCAGCAAAGGGGCAAACCACAAGUGCAAGUCCAAUAAACAGGCCAAGGUUGUAAACAGGGAGGACCUGGAGACGCUGAGGCGUAGCCCCUCGCGGGAGGACGGCCCGGUGUGCGAUGGGCACCAGAGCACCCACCGCGGGGAUAGUGAGGGGAGCUCAGGACCCACGCGCACUCGGGUUUUUGACGAAGCGGGUUCAGUGACGUCGAGCUCCCCGAAGACGUUUUAUAUUAAGACAGGGACUUCAGCAGGUCGGGGUCCGGAGACCUCGGGGGAUUAUUCCCCAAACUCCACCAAGUGGCAUCAGCUAGAGCAAUGGCUGUCGCUGUCAUCCUGGAACAGCUCAGCAGACCUGGGCACGGGGAUCAUCCCCGAUUUGCAGGAAUACGCGGACGCCAAGAGUCCUUUCGGCUUUCAUAAGGAUGAAGUGUCGUUAAUCCUGUACAUUCUGGGGAAUAUAACAGAAAAAGCCGUCCAGUCGAACCAGAGCUUCGGCGUGGCCACGGUGCUGGAUAUCCUAUAUAUUGCCAACCAGCUGCUCAACGUGUCUUCGUGGAAGCCGGCAGCCAGCACAAACACCGCCCUUGGCCCCCACGUGCUCCAGUUCUUUGAAAGUAUUUUGGGUGCGAUGGAAGAAACUAACCAGACUUUCAGCGUCUCUUAUGAGAACAUCGAGUUUCACUGCCUCAGCAGGCCGUGCAGCAGCAUGAGGAAUCAGACCGCGCUGGGGCUUCCCACAAACGUCAGCGUUUCACUACACGAGGAAGACAGCGAGCACGACUUCCAUGCUUCAUGUUUGGUCAACAUUAUGUCCUUGUCCUACAGAGGUCUCAGCAUGGACUUCCCAGGUGAAUAUGCCCACAAUGAAGAUCCAAGCAUCUCCUUCGAACUGGAGAGCCGCAUUCUGACAAACUCCAUGCUAUUUGACAAGAAGAGCUACCAUUCAGCGCACGUCAACAUGAGUUUCCUUUGUGACUCUAGAGAUUGCCACCCGGCAGCCAUAUGCGUAUUCUGGAACUUCUCUCUAGGAAAGUGGUCUUCCGAGGGGUGCAGCACAGAAAUCGUCGACGGGGUGGCCAACUGCUUUUGUCAUCACCUGACCUCCUUCUCUGUGUUAAUUUCAAAAUUCCUACCACAAGGUCUCCUAAACUCCUCUGUUCUCGAUUACAUCACAAAAAUUGGUCUGAUAAUCUCCAUCAUCUCCCUUGUUUUGUGUAUUUCAUUACAAGCCUAUCUGCUUAGGGUUACUCUGAACCUCGUCGCCUACUACAGACACUUGGCCAUACUCAACGUGUCUACAUUCCUCCUUUUGAGUAACAUCUCUUUCGUGGCAGCCACUUAUAUCACACCCAAGGAUUAUCUGAGGCUCUGCAUCGCGCUGACCUUCUGCACACAUUUUUCUCUGUUGGCUUUCUUCUGCUGGACCUUGGUGCAGAGCUUUUUUCUGUUCUGCCGUUUGGUCUUUGUCUUCCACCACAUAACAAAGCGAGAAUUCAUGACCUUGUCCACCGUGCUGGGCUACGUGUUUCCAGCAUUGAUUUCCAUGGGCACCUUCCUGUACUACACUCCAACCGAUGAGUAUCGGAGGGAGACUGUGUGUUGGCUACAAAGUGACUCAGGGGCUUCCCAGGCGUUUACAAUCCCGACGAUAAUCGUCUUAUCUGGAAAUUUCCUGGUGCUGAUCGUCGUGAUCCGUAAACUUCUCAGACCGUCCAUUUCUGAAGGCAGCGGCGAGGACGAGGAGGUUGUCAAGAAGCUGGUCAAAGCGGUUGUCUUCUGCACCCCCCAGUUUGGGUUGACUUGGGCCAUUGGGAUCCCACUUCUCACUGAUUCAAACUCCCUGGUUUUACAUUAUAUGUUUGUGCUGCUCAACCCCCUGCAGGGAUUUUUCAUCUUUCUCUUUAGUUGUCUUCUGGAUAAAAAGAUCAUGGAUCUCGUGAAGAAGAGGUUUUCUAAAAACUCGGCUUUCAGCAGCACGGCCACAACACUCAGUUCAUAUUAAUGAUCCUGGACUUCAUGCACAGGAUCCAGGAAACCCACAUGGAAACUCAGAACCGGGCCACAGACAUAACGAUGAGACCAGCUCAGAGUGUACGGUGUGAGACCCCGCUUCAUGUUACCAUGGCAACAGAUCCAGGGAAUGGGAGGAAAUCUCUGACAAAUCAAAAUUUUCAGAUGCUUCUCAGAGAAUCCGAUCGAAAAAAGAGAUUAGAUUUGAAU